CAACAAACACCAUGGUCGCCCAUCUCCCCCCCGUCGUCAAACAGCUCCUCACCCUCCGCAACCCACACACCUUUCCCGGCCCUCCGGUCGCAAAGCUCAACGAUAUCCUCACCAGGACAUUCAGGGAUGCUCAGCAGAAGAAAGUUGAGAAGGGCUGGCUCACGCUGACGACAUGCACGCUUCUCACCGCGAAUGUUCCCUCGUCCGUGGGCCAUCUCUACCGCUUUGUAACGAGAGAUGACCCCAACAAGCCCGAGACGCGGCGAAGCCUCACAGAAGCGCUCGACAAGGCUGCCCUGAUGCGCGAAUCUGCGAUGAAGAGCUGCAUCUUCGUCGGCGUUCCUCGAACGAUUUUGUCUUUCGCAGGUAUGUUUGAGGCGUUCGAGGACGACGUCAAGAAGGACCUGAGGAAUGAGUCCAUCCGCAUUGCAACCCCGGAGAACAUCGAGUCGAUCAAGGCGCGGGGACAAGCUCUGUGGGACACCAUCUACCAGCCCCAUGCGGUGAAGCUCUAUAACAAGUUAGGCGGAUAUCACCCCGAUUUCAUAGUGUUCAUCAUACAAGCCUAUGGCGCUGUUCUGUCCCCACUUCCCGAAGGCGACGCCGUGCGGGGCAAUUUGAGCAGAGCGCUGGGGUCGGUGGUCGGGACGGCCUGUCUGCGCGCUGAAGAACACGUCGGACCGCAGCUCACGAGCCAUGUUUUCGGCCUACUGAAGGCGCGCUACGUACAGGGCCUCAGCGAGGAAGACUACUGGCUCGCCACGGACGAGGGGACCGAGUGGGUCAUACGUACUGUGGAUUCUAUUCUUGACGUUGUCAAGCCGGAGCAGUCCACCGAGCCACGGGCGAAGUUGUAGGCUUCUCUUCUGUGGGGCACUCGCGUUCAGUGUAGCAGAUGUUCCGGCUCAGACCCUGUAUGUUGUUACGUAGUGUGUAGAAUGGGUACGACUCCGGUCGCUAUUC